AUGGAUUUUGUAUUGGCUGUUGCAGCCCACCACACGGCCCUCCUGUGCACGCUAAUGGCGGGUAGAGUGCUGCUGACUAUUGCGUACGAUGUUGGGUCCGUGUACGGAGCGGAGAUCGAUCCAACGGAAGUCAGAACGCAGGCGAUGUCCAUCCGACAGGCCUUCGGCUCGCUCGGAAGGAUCCUUGGGUCGCACGUCGUACAACUGGCCGUGUACGGUCGCUUCGUUCCUCUCUUCAUUCUAGGUGGCCUGUCGUGUGUGGCGGCGCUGAUCACACUUCCCCUGCCCGAGACGAACAACCGGAAGUUGCCCGAGACGUUUGAAGAAGCCGAGGCAAUGCACCACAGGCCCGAGAAAGAAAACAAAGACGAGGAGAAAACGACGAAACAGUCUACGCAAGACAAAGACAACAUUAAUUCUCACUGA